GGUGCCCGCCGUGGGACGGGGACGCGGACCCCCGCCCCGGGGGAACCAGCCGCUGGUCGGCCGUAACCCCCCGCCCCUCGGCAACACGGCGCUGCCGCCCCGGCCGGGGGAGGGAGCCGGGCGGUGCUGGGCGGCGGCACCGCAUGCGCACCAAGGCAGGUGCCUGCCGGCUUGCGAGGAGCCGGCGGCAUCGCACGCAGCCCGGCGUCCUCAUGGUGCUGUCUCAGGCCGGCGAGGCUGCCGCUGUCCCGGCUGGGGCAGACAAGGAGCUGGAGGCGCCGCCGGGGCUGGAGGACGAUGCGGGCACGGGGCAGCCCUGCCUGCACCCGGCACCGGGCAUGGAGGCGGCGGGCGCCGAAGAGCGCCGCGUUUGCGGCUGCUGCUCGGGUUCGCCCUGGCCGCGCUGCUGCGAGGCACCCGGAACAAAGAAGAAAGCUGCCUGUCCAGGACUUGGUCUCUUUUAUACCUUACUGUCUGCCUUCCUUUUCUCAGUGGCCUCUUUAUUCCUUAAAAAGAUAGAAGAUGUACAUUCAGUGGAAGUGAGUGCAUUUCGAUGCAUUUUCCAAAUGGCAUUUGUUCUUCCUGGUUUAAUAUACUACAAAACAGGGUUUUUGGGACCAAAAGGUAAAAGAAUUUUUCUUUUCUUCCGAGGACUCCUUGGCUCUAGUGCAAUGAUUCUUCUCUACUAUGCUUUCCAAGUAAUGCCUCUAGCUGAUGCCACAGUUAUAACUUUUAGCAGUCCUGUUUUUACAUCGUUGCUGGCAUGGAUCUUUCUCAAAGAGAAAUACAGUAUUUGGGAUCUUCUGUUUACCCUCUUCACAAUCACUGGAGUGGUUCUUAUUGCCAGACCACCAUUUCUGUUUGGGUCAAACGUUACAGGGAUUGAAGGAAGUUACGCAGAUCAUCUUAAAGGAACUAUUGCAGCAAUUGCAAGCACAGUGUCAUCAGCUUCAACUUUUGUUAUACUCAGAAAGGUGGGAAAAUCUGUGCAUUAUUUUUUGUCAAUUUGGUAUUAUGCAGUCAUUGGUUUAAUUGGAUGUGUUAUAGCACUGUUUGUUAUGAACGAAUGGCGUUUACCAUAUUGUGGUAGAGACAGAGUCUUUCUAAUAUUGAUAGGCUUAUUAGGAUUAGGGGGUCAGAUAUUUCUCACAAAAGCGUUACAGAUAGAGAAAGCUGGACCUGUAGCCAUAAUGAAAACAAUGGAUGUGGUGUUUGCUUUUAUUUUACAGAUUCUUUUUCUCAAUCAUCUACCAACUUGGUGGACUGUGGGUGGUGCUCUUUGCGUAGUAGCUAGUAGUUCUGGAACUGCCAUUCGUAAGUGGCAGCAAAGCUCAAAAAAAGCUAAACAAAAUGAAAUCUAACUACACAGACACUAUUUCAUUACAGAAAUGAGCAAUCUUGAAAUAUAUAAAAUAUUUAUUUUUAUUUAUUUUAAAUAUUUCAUGAAACUAUAGUAUCAAACUAUACCCAAUAAAAGUUGAUUUUUUCUUUUUUAAAGAAAGAAAAUGCUUUAACAACUGAUUAGGUAUCUGCUUUUUUCUUAUAUUUAGGCACGCAAAUAUGUGAAGUAGGAAGAUAUUUAAAGCUUGCUUGCUUUCCAUGUAAACUGGACAACAGUUGCUGGGCUUUUAUUUUACUAAACUUCAUAUACCUACUUCUCCACUUUUUAGAUCCUUUCUCUAUUCUGAGCUGUGGAAAUAGAACUCUCCAAAGCUUAUUUGGUACUAUCCUGUGCUUGAUUUCCAGAGGGAUUGCAAUGCAAAUAAGUUAGAAGGAAAUAAAGAAUUAUAAUCCUAAAAACGUUCAACUUUUUUAGAACUGAUAAAGCUUGUGAAGCUUUGUAAUUUAUUUUCACAACACAGAAACCAAAUAUAUAGGGAUUUAUUUAGUGUAAUUCUAAAAGAACAAAAGAUAUUUCAUCUUUCCAAGUCAUGUCAAGGGAAGUAAUUUUCAAAAGUUAAUUUUUCAGAUUUGCUUUUUUUAAAAACAAACAAACAAACAAAACAUUUAUACCUGCUUUACAGGCAAUGAAACAAUGUAAUCCCUCUCUUUUAAUAUAAUGUUCUCAGUAAAUAUGACUUUAGUUGCUGCAGUCUCGGGAGAGACAACAGUUAGCUAUAUACCACGGGUAAAUUAGUAAUUUCUUGUGGUAUGGAAUGUUAUGCUGUAGCUGCACUUUUCUUUAUUCUAUGCAAAAGAUUAUAUUUUUUAGAUAUUUAAUAUAGGUUAUUUUAAAUGCUACUUAAGACUGAUUUGUUUAAAUUAUUCUGUACAAAAAAUCUUUAUGAGACCAAAUUUGUUUUCUUGGCCUUCAUAAAGUUAGGCAAAUGCUUUAAUGUAAAUCCUCCUGUUUCAUGAGAGUUUACAAGAGAAUGCAGACAAAUUGAGGUCUCAGAAAACGCAGAUUAGCCAAGGUUGUAGCAAAGGUUUUAUAGAACAGGUUUGAGGAGAGCUUGGUGGGAGGGUGGAGCUAUGCAUACACAUCUGAUGCACGCUGCAUCAGACAGUGCUAGUGGGCAGCUUCAGCCCCAUUUCUCCAGCUGGCCUUUUUAAAUCUGCAUUUAGUCAUUUCUCUUACACAGCUUUUCAUUUUGAUAGCUUUUAUCAUGAUAGUGACAAAUACGAAGGAAAAAAGCUUGCUCACUGUCCCUCCUGUUUGAGAAGGAACACGUUUAAUGUAAGGUAGGGGUGUUUUCCCAAAUGAAUUCUUGUGUAUUUUUAGUCGUGUUUCAGUAGUCCUUAGAGAAAAAUUUAAGUUGGAUCUUUAUUUGAUCCUUUGCAUCACAAGGUGUUUCAGAUAUUUAUGCACUCCCAUGUUGUGGAGCACGUUGUGGCCAAUAAGCAUUGCAUCCUGGCAGACUGGCUCUAGGAGAGUUGAGUCCUGAAGAACUGGAACAUGUAUGGUACUUUGGGAUGUAUUUAGAUAAGAGGAGCUAUCUUUGUGCAAGAUUCUGUGCUUAAACCAACACCCUGAAUCUAUGUAUGUUUAUGGACACAAGCAGACUCUGUCCUUGUGAUCAAAUCAUUUUAUGUGUAUGGCUGUCUGAUCUCUGUUUCUCCUGGCAGCUGAAGUUCAGCUACUCCUGACAUGGUCAGGAAUAGUACGAAACUUGCUUUCACAUCUCUUUAAAACAUGGUCUAAUAAUAAAACUUCCAGUUUGGCCCUCAUUUUACUUAAUACUUGAAAUUGUAGACUGGGAUUCUUUCUUCUGCUGCUCAGCCAUCGCUGCCAUUGAGUAACACCUUUCAUGGGAGGAACAGAAAAUAGACUGCAUUUUUUUUACUGCUUCACUCCAUGUUUAUAUACAUGUGUUUAUAAGUUAACACUCAUAAAGGUGCAGUUCCAAAGCAGUUCGUGUUGAUGUAAAUUUGAGUUGUCAGCUAGUCUUGGUUCCUCCCAUUGGUUUGGUGCUAGUGCCUAUGUGGUUAUGUGGUGAGCUGCUUCAGCUGAGUAACUUUUUUGUAGGGUUGUUGGGGAGGGCAAAACCAGAGUGUCCUGAACUUGAUCAUUAUGUCAAAACACCGGGAAGGGAAGUUAGCCAGUAGUUUAAAUUGCAGUGUGUGAAUGCUAUGUUGUCAGUACAGAAUAAAAAUAAGCUUAUAUUGAAAAAUCUUUAGCUUAUGUAAUUUCAAUAGUUACGAAUCUUAUUUACACAUAGUUGAGAACAUGCUACUGAAGAAAGGACUAUUUUCUUGCACUAGGCAUCUAUGUAAGUGCAGAAAAUAAGCUGACCUAAAGUCAGCAACUUGGCAUAGUAACUGGUAAUUCCUUUUCUUGAGUUGGUAGCCCUGAAUAGAAUGAAAUUAUGCAAAAAGACAAGGAUUUUUCUUUUUGAAAGUAAUUGAAGGUUUGGUGGUUUUUACAAUGCCUAGUAAGAUGGUCAAAUUCUCUUCUUCCCUUCCCUGCCCCAAGCUUACUGUUGGAGAAUCUGAAAUGAAAUUGGCUGAGCCUUGAUUAUUUUAGAUCAGUUUUCCUCUUUUUCCUUUCUUCUGAUGUACUUUUUUUCCCCCAAUUUUCAUACAGCAAAUUCCUCAGGGUCAAAUGUUGCUUUUUUCUAAGCUUUAUGUCACAAAUAUAUUACUAAUGUUCAUCACCUCUGUCUUAUGAUCUUUACAGUAUUUAAGUUCGAUAAAUGUGCUUUCUUAAUAGGAAGCUUUUCGUUUGUAAUACGAUGGAAUAUUGUUGCAUUGUAACUGCUGUUCUAUAAAGUUACUCUGGAAUUACAACUUAAUUAAUUCAACAUACUGAUUUCAGUGGAUCUUGAAUAUAGAAAUAAGCAAUUACUGGUUGUUUUGCACAUAAACACAGUGUUAAAAGAUUUAGUUGUUACUGAUUAAUCACAAGCAUGUCUUUUAUGUUCUUUACUAUGCAAAUCACUGUAAUCAUCUAUUGUCUUCAGUGAGACUUUAUAGCCUUAAAGCCUUAUGUACCUGACUCUUAUACAAAGCUGGUAGCUGAAAAAGCUGUGUACUGUCACUGCAGCAGCCAGUUUCAGGUUAAGCUGGUUGUCAAGGUAUGCUCUGAAAGCCCUCAAGGUAUUUGUACACUAAGAAUAUGACAAGUUCAUUGUGUGGACAAGCGUAUUAAAAUGGAUUUCUUGCAUUUGUCAAACACCAGACAUGAAGCAACCUCAGCAUAACAGCAUUGGUGAAAUAACUAAUUCAAUGUGCCAUCUUUCUUCUGAAACUAGGCUCUUUCCCCAUACCAAAAGCUGUUCUAAAGUGGAUCUUCCAGUAAUUGAUAACGAUAAGAUGGGUAAUACAUAUUUGACCAUCAUUCAGUAUAAAAACACUGCUACCCCCUUAAUUUUAUCUUCCUUGAAGAGCUCUGUACAGGAGCUGUCUCUUGGAGGAAAGUUUAUUUCUAAAGAGACAGCCUCCUUAAAAAAGGUAUUUCCUUGCUAAUUGGCAGUAAUUAACCAUGAAGAAUCUGUUUUCCAGUUCUCUGUUAACCAUUGUAGGCUCAUCUGUCAUCGAUUCCACAAGGACAGUAGAAGCAUGAUCUCCGUCUAUGUGUGUAUUCAGGGUUCAUAAUGCUGACAAAUGUGCAACACUGACUUGAGCAGGACUUUGCAGUUACCAAUAGAAUGUUUUCAUGGUCAUAAUUGCCUGUCCAUCCAAAGAAAAGUUGUGGCUUUAUGUUCCUGCAGAUGCAGGUAACUUUGGGACAAAACAUACGUGUUUCUAUAAAUUGUUGAUGGUAGCACUUCUGUAUAUCAGAAUGAGCAAUUUCAUAUUUUAUGUGAACUGUCAUUUGACAAAAAUGAGGUAUAAAUACCCUCAGCAUUAAUUAACAGAUUUUUACCGUGUCCUAUAUAUUGUUAAAUAUAUGUUAAAUGAUAUGUUUUGUAGAAUUUACUGGCUUUGUUAUGUAGUAGUAUAUUUUUAUAGACACUUCUUACGUAUCAAAAUGUCAAGAAUAUUUUCAUAUGAGAUUUAUAUUCAUCAUUGCUAAUAAAAUGAACUUGAAGAAUUA